AUGACUUCCAAUAUCUUUUCUAGGCUGGGUCAGCCAACAAGAGGCUCCAGAUCCUCGUACGAAGCAUUAAGAGGCGGGCGUGACAGCGACCCGGAUAUCGAAGAACAGGCUGGACUCGAUGUCGACGAGGAAAAUCUAAAAGAGCAUUUUCAAGACUACGAUCUGGAUCAAGUACGAGGCAUCGCCGCCGAUGAUAGUCAUGCUACUCUCGAGAGCAAUCCCAACCUUUUCAAAAGUCCCCGAGAGGCCAGCGGACAAGGUUCACAACGCACGAGAGCCCGACGGGAUCCGGGGGCGAGGUGGCACCGCCAGGAAGAUGAUGCCGAUAACGAUGUUCCUGCUUCCCUUCUUGUUGAACCGCACGAUGUGGAAGGCGAUGUAAAGGCGGCAACCCGUAAAAAGCAGCUUCUUUACCCGGCGAGGCCAGCUGCCAUUCCUGGCCCCUCCACUCGACGAACUUUUGCUCAGUGGGAGACGACGCAAGCACAACAAAGGUUACAUCCGGCUGAUAGCAUCAAACCGAUUAGGCCGCAUACAAAACGACUCUCUCGAGGCCUUGUUGCAAACAACGAGAAAGAAAAGGCACUUUGGAGAUGGGUUAACAUCUCAAACUUAGACUUCUUCAUCCAAGACGUUUAUUACUACUACAGAGGUAGUGGAUUUUGGUGCAUAGUUUGUGCUCGAGCACUGCACCUGUUGGAAUCGGCCUUCUUUGCCGUAUUUCUGACGUUCAUGACACAGUGUGUUGACUACUCUCUGAUCUCUGACAAGAACAAGAAGUCUCUGGGUGAAGUUGUGAUUCCCCAGUGUACUAGAAAAAUGUCCUUUAUUUGGAAUAUGGGCCUGUGGUUAUACGUCUUCUACUUCAUCUGGAAGGCAGUUCAGUUCACCGUUGACCUACGGCGACUGUAUAGUAUGCGCAACUUUUACACGCAUCUGCUUGAGAUACCUGAAGAAGACAUGCAGACAGUCUCUUGGCAGGACAUCGUUGGCCAGGUUAUGUCGCUCAGAGACGCAAAUCCAAAGACCGCCAUCAACAUCACACCGUCGCAACGGAAAUGGCUCCGUAAUCAGUCAAAGGAGCGACUUGAUGCACACGAUAUCGCCAAUCGUCUCAUGAGAAGGGAGAAUUACCUCAUAGCCAUGAUGAACAAGGACGUGGUCGAUCUGACUCUGCCCAUUCCAUUCAUGCGGAAGCACCUUUUUUUCUCGCGAAGCCUCGAGUGGAACUUACACUUUAGCAUUCUGAGCUUUGUCUUUGAUGAGAACAAUCAAGUCAACCAGGAAUUUCUCAAAGCAGACCGUCGAGGUCAGCUGAGCGCAAUGCUAAAAACACGGCUUAUGUUUGCCGGCAUAAUCAAUUUGUUGAUUGGGCCUUUUGUUGUUGCCUACCUUAUACUUGUGCAUGCUUUGACGUAUUACAAUGAGUACCAAAAGGACCCCUCAACCUUCAGCCAUAGGAGAUACACGCCACUGGCCGAAUGGAAAUUCAGAGAGUUUAACGAGCUUCCGCAUCUUUUUCAAGAGCGACUAAACAUGUCUUACCCAUUUGCCAGCUUAUAUAUUGACCAGUUUCCGAAGAAGCUGACCGAGCAGUUUGCUCGGUCAGUUACAUUUAUUGCUGGAGCCGUCACAUCUGUUUUGGCUGUCGCAUCGUUCCUUGAACCCGAGCAUUUCUUGGGAUUUGAUCUCCUGUUCGGCAAGUCAGCACUGUUUUAUAUAGGAAUCUUUGCUGCGACCUGGGCAGCAGCCAGAGGCAUGAUUUCCGAAGAAACUACCGUUUUCAACCCAGAGUACGCCCUGCGUAGCGUUAUCGAUUACAUACGUUACAUGCCAGACCAUUGGCAGGGCCGAUUGCAUACAGCUGAAGUAAAACGUGAAUUCUCGGAAUUGUAUAAGCUCAAGAUCUUAAUUCUCGUGGAGGAGAUAGUCGGCAUUCUCACGGCCUCUCUCGUGCUCAUCUUCUCGGCUCCAAAAUGCAGCGACCAAAUCAUUGAUUUCUUCAGAGAAUUUACGAUUCACGUGGAUGGAGUUGGCUAUGUCUGCUCCUUCGCCGUAUUCGACUUCAAAAAGGGCGCAGGCAAGGCCAAGCAACAGGCAGCCAAUGGAGACGUCCGCGAAGACUACUAUACGACGAAGCAUGGCAAAAUGGCGGCAUCUUAUUACGGAUUCCUGGACAACUAUGUGGUCAACCCCAGAACAGGUAUGCCAGGUCAUCUACCCCCCGGAAGUCGACAUACAUUUCAUCCACCGCCGGCAUUCCCUGGGCUUAACUCGCCAGCCCUGGCGGCCGACAUGCUGAGCUCCAGAGCUGGCCGGCAUGACCUCGCGAGAAGUCGUGCCUUCGGAGGCGGGUUUGGGCAACAGACCCGAACGCCACGGUUCGGGCCCUCUAUGACAGCUCCAUCGCCGAUGGCGUCGAUGUUACUUGACCCACAUCACCAACCGCCGGCAACAGGGUUCGGCGUCCGAAGCACUCAUCGGAGCCGAGGGGGCCGGAGCGGACACCAAGGUGAGGGCAUCAUUGAGGAGUCGACGGAAGACGGGCUGAGAACGGCAGAGCGCUUAGGUUCGCAAGGACUGUUUGAAGAUGAAGUAUUUGAGGGAUCAGGGCCUCUGGGAGAGUCCGUAUGGGAGACGUCACCUCCCAAAGGGCUCAGUCGGGAGAGCAGUGCUACGGAAGACACAGGGGGACAGGAUGCAGGGGUAUUGGGGUUGAUCUACCAGUUCCAACAAGCGCAUCGCAAUAACCGACAAGGCGGAGGAGUACUGUAA